AUGAACCGUCUCAUGUUGGGUGCCAGAAUCCUCCAAUCGGGAGGUGUUGGACAAGAAGAAUCCAAGAAGUUCAAUCUCUUUGCAGAGCUGCAAAAUGCAGAGAGCUCUCUCUGCAGAAUUUUGCUGUUGGUGCAAGGUGUUGCCUUCGCCUUGGCCCUGCUGACCCAGCAAGUGCUUGGCGGCAUUGUCCCAGACAUGUUGAGCUUGGUAACGGUGCUUUUGGCCCAUUCCUUGCUCCGAAGGGCAUGCACAUCCAUGAUGGCCAAGCGCAUCUCGAUGCAUGUCUUGAUGUUCCUGGUGCUGGUUGGGGCUAUAUAUUUGGGCCAGGUCACAGAAGCUGCCACUGUGGCUUUUUUGGUGAAUGCAUCUGAGUGGAUCGUGGGCAAGUCUCAGGUGGCGGUUGAGAAGGAACUGGGGAAAAGUUUGGUUGGCACCUCCAGCCAUGCUACCCUCCUGUCUACAGGAGGUGGACCUCGAAGUUCUGGAACUCCCAUUCGGAUCGAGGACCUGAGACCCAAAGAUGUCGUCUUGUUGAAAAGUGGAAGCACUGUCCCUACAGAUGGCCGAAUUCUAAAGGCAGAUACCUUCACGGUGAAUGAAUCUUCAGUCACAGGUGAAGCCUUACCUGUUGACAAGAGCGUGGGUGAGAAGCUUCUCUCCGGCACUGUGGUAGUAGCUGGGGUGGCUGAGAUGGAGUGUACCGCCCCUGCGGCUGAAUCCUUUCAGGGGAAACUCCAGGCCGCAGUGGAAGAUGCCAGGAACUCACGUUCCGAGAUGGAAGAGCUGGUGAAUCGAUUUGCCGAGAUCUACACUCCCAUUGUGGUGCUGUUGUCGGUGCUUCUGGCUCUUUGGAGCUCCAACUUGACAAGCGGACUCACAGUCCUGGUUUCUGCAUGUCCCUGUGCAGUGGUUGCGGCUGCACCAGUGGUGCAAUCGUGUGCCUUUGUGCGGCUUUUAUCCGACCUUCAAGUUCUGGUAAAGGACGCCAGGGCGCUGGACAGCUUCGCACAGGUCUCGCGCUUGGGCACGGACAAGACGGGCACCUUGACCAAGGGCAGCUUCGAGCUGCACGACAUCGUGGUGAUGCCGGGGCAGCUGGAGAAGAGGGACUUGCUGAAACUCCUUGCGGCCCUGGAGUCUCAGGACUCCCACCCCUUAGCCAACUCGCUGGUCCGCAGCUACGUGGGCUGCGCCGCCGAGUUCGCCCAAGGGGCCCCGCAAUUGCCGAAGGUGGAUCGCUUCACCCGCGUGGAAUCCCAAGGAGUUUGGGGAAUCGUGGAAGGCCAGGUGGUGGGAGCUGGCAGCAAACGCUUCCUUGACUCGAUGGCCAUCGAUUUACCCAGCGAGGCGGAAGAACAGGUGAAGAAAUGGGAACAGGAAGGCGGUGUCUUCACAGUUGUCUACAUGACAAUGGAGGAUGAUGUUGCCAUGAUUCUUCGCUUGGAAGAUGAACUGCGCGAAGAUGCCCAAGAUGCCGUGCAGUCGCUGCAAGCGCUCGGGGUCUAUGUGGCCAUGCUCACCGGGGACGAACGAAAGGCGGCUGAGGCGGUGGCUCAAACUCUGGGCAUCCAGGAGAGGCGCUCCAAGAUGACACCCAACGACAAAGAGAUCUGGGUCCGUGGCAAAGAGCAAGUGCAGCAAGACCUGGAGAGUGGCCUCAAUGCGCCACUGCUCAACGUCUCCAACCAGGACACGGUCUGUAUGCUGGGCGAUGGUCUCAACGAUGGUCCUGCUUUAGCCGCUGCCGAUCUAGGCGUGGCCAUCGCCAGUGGCUUACAACUGCCCUGCGACGCGGCAGAUGUGGUCAUUGGCAGCGGCGGUGCCAUGCUCAAGCGCUUUGUGCAGGCUCUACACUUUGCCAAGCGCUGUAAGGAGCUCAUCCAACAGAACCUGGUUUUUGCAAUUUGCGUGAAACUUGCGGCGUUGAUCUUGGCCUUCACGGGACACCUUUACCUGACUUUUGGGGUGCUCAGCGACAGCGGCAGUUUGUUAUUGGUGGUGCUGAACAGCCUCCGGCCGCUGGCAUGGGAGUUUAUUGACAUUCCAAAAACUCCAACUGUGCCGUAG